AUGUUGUCCUUCCUGCGCGCUCCACCUCCCCGGAUCAACCGGGCCUCCCAGAACCCCAUCGUGUAUGAAAACGGCCGCUCCUCCGUUUCCUUCUACGCUUCGCACGACGACUACGUGUUCCGCACAACCCUGCCACCCCGCAACAGCGACAGCGACAUUUCAAUCAUGGAGCCCCCUUAUCACUACCAUAUCCACCAAACCGAGACCUUCCGCAUUGUCAUGGGCAGCAUGAAUCUGUACAAAGGCAUGGAUCCGAAACCCUGGAAACAGUUGACAGCCACCACCACUGAGGACGCAAAGCACCAACCCACCGCGACAAUUCCGCCCAAGACAUACCACCGCCUGCAGAACGCUUCCGCCACCGAAGAGCUGAUCUUUGACGUCAGACUCUCGCCCGUGGACUACGAAGUCGAGGAGCGCUUUUUCCGCAAUUUCUUCGGGUACUUAGACGACUGCAAGAUCGCCCAGCAGGCGCCGAGUCUGUUCCAGCUGAUGGUGUUCCUGCAUGCGGCGGAUAUCCCGCUCGCGUUGCCGAUGCCGUGGCAUGGGUUGGGGGUGGUUGUGAGUCGGCUUUUCACGGUUGUGGUGGCGGCGUGGGGCAGGUGGGUGCUUGGGUAUCAGGUUUCGUACCCUGAGUAUCAUCAGGGGAAGAAGGGUUUAUGA